AUGACAGCUCUGAAUCUUUAUGUGUCAACAUGCCGUUAUGUUUUGAAAGCAGAUCCGAAUGACCAGUCAACAUGGUCAGAAUUGUAUCGCUUCAUCCCGUACCUGAGGCAGAUAUUUGCUUGCUCUGUUUGUGGUAAAAUUCUGCAAAACCCGAAAUGCCCAUCUCACAAUGUUUGUCAACAUCACGUGUGUGCCGGUUGUCUUGGUGGGAAAAUGCGCAUCAAACCGCAGUGCAGCUGGUGUCGAGACACUACCGUUUUUGUUGACAGUCCAACAGUACGCAUCAUGAUCAUGUGCUUCAGGAAACUGUGUGAUUACAUUUAUAACUCCCCUAUUGGAGUACAAUUGUUAUCAGAAUCUUCAAAUAGCAAAGUUAACUCAAGUGAAAGAACAAACUUAUUGUCUGUCAUUCUGGAAGUUCGAGAGUUUAAGGAUGAUUAU